AUGUCUGCCUCUGGAAUCGUACCCACAGCCUUGAUGGGCCGCACCUGCGACUUUGGAUUUACCCCCGUCGUCCAGAACUACGAGGAGAACCCCAGAGCUGCAUGCUCGCAAGAGCGCCUCGUGGUGAUUGACUCUGCCGGAGCAACCAUCAUGUUUGAUGACGAGAUUUGGCUGUUUGCAGAGCAGUUGCGAAAGACCUAUUCACGAAGUUGUGUUCAGAGUGCACCAGACACUUUUGGUUUGCGGCGUGAGUGCUGCUAUCUCUCGACCCCCGCUGGAUAUUCUUUGCACGAUCGUACAGUCCAAUAUCAUGUACGUGGCAGCAGUCUCGCGUGGAAAUGCGACUAUAGCAAGGACGACCAGGUCGAAACUGAGCAUUCCAAUCCGAAGUGCCAGGGUCCCGUCAAGACAGUCGACUGGCGCCCGCAGUCUAGAAUUGCGCCUAAUAGAUCUUGGCAACGAUCCAAGCCAUUUUUGCCCUCCAAGGCAUCAAUGGGCGGGCGGGUUGAGCUGAUGGAGCUGAGGGCGUUGUUGGUGGCCCGCGACUAUAGGCCGCUUUGA